AUGGUCCUUUACACCGCACACCAUUGUACCCGACCCGCGUUCCCCUCACAGAUCCCCGGUCCCUCCCACCACAGCACUCGGUCCUCACAGACCGCCGCUCCUCACAGACCUCCCUGUCUCACGACCCCGGUCCUCCCCGACCCGGUCCUCACAGACCCGGUCCUCACAGACUCGGUCCUCACAGACCUCGGUCCUCAAGACCCCGGUCUCACCGACCCGGUCCUCACAGUCCCGGUCCUCACAGACCCCGGUCCUCACAGACCUCGGUCUCACAGCCCUCGCGUCCUCCCCGACUCUGUGUCCAGAAUCUUCUCCUUCCUGAAUGAGGAGGUACAGCAGGAGGUGCUCUCCUCUAUGUUCGAUGUGCUGGAGGAUCAGCCGAGUGCAGAGACGGCUCAGACAGUGGCCAGUGUCUUCAAACAGAUCUCUCUGGAUGCGCAGCUGGUAGCAUCUGAACUCUGUCCUGAGAAAAUGACGACAACAACAGUUCAACAAACGAGGCGCAGCAGAAUGAGCCGUAAAGCCGCAGACAGAGUGCAGCCUGCAGGGAGCGCUGUGCCGUGGAGCAGAGUCACUCUGAUCCUGGAGCUGCUGCAGCACAAGAAGAAGCUGAGGAGAUCCCAGAACCUGGUCCCUCCUCUAUUCAGCCUCCUGCAGAGACGUCUGGAGGUCUCAGAGGAGGACCUGAGUUCAAUAGAAUAUACCAAACAGCUGCUGCUGAACUGUCUGCUGAGUGUGUGCAGUAAGCUGUCCCCUGAAGGGGCCCCGAUCCUCCCAGAGGUCCUGGACCCAGACAGGUUCUCAGUGGAGCUGGUGGUGCAGUGUAUUCGUUCCUCUGAGAUGUCUCAGACUCAUCACCAGGCGCUGCUUCUUCUGAGCGCUGUGGCCUCCAUUUACCCAGAGAAGGUGCUGCUGAACAUCAUGCCCAUCUUCACCUUCAUGGGAGCCAACAUCCUGCGCCUGGACGACAGCUACAGCUUCAGGGUCAUCCAGAAGACUGUUUCUAUGGUGAUCCCUGCUGUGCUCAAGGCCCAGGACUCCUCCCCCUCCUCCCCCUCCCCUCACACCCUCUCGGUGGUGACCAGGAUCCUGGAUGUGUUUGUGGAUGCCCUGCCUCAUGUCCCGGAGCACCGCAGGGUCCCAGUGCUGCAGCAGCUGCUGAGCACAGUGGGGCCACAGGAUUUCCUCUGGGUGCUGCUGGGACUGAUGUGCAAGCAACACACCACCACCACUGCUGCUGCAAGGCCUACUGCAGAGGACAAGGACUCCUCUCAGAAGCACUGGGACCUGUGGCUCUCCAUCUGCUGUGAGUUCAGUCCUAAAGUCCAGAUCCAGACCGUGGUCCAGGUCCUGGUCUUUCUGCAGUCUCUGCCACACCAGCAAGAACAAGAGAGCACUUCCUCUCGCAGGAGGAGCGUCCCGCAGGAGGAGAACCUGCAGGAGCUGAUCUUUAACACUGAGACUCACAGCAGCAAACAUCUGCGGCAUUUUGUGUUUGAGAACCUGAGCUUCUGCUGCGCUCUGCUGGGCUCCAGGAGGUUCCUCCAACAGGUGGUGGAUCAGAGCAAAUCAGAAGAGGAGGAGCAGGAGGAGGCUCAGCAGCAGAGGUUGCUGGAGCAGACUCUCCUCUACAUUCAGUCCGUGGCUCAGAACCUGGAGCUGAACUCUGACAAACCGACUUCUAAGUUCUGGAGGAUUCUGCUCAACAAGAGCUACGAGCUGCUGGACAAGGUGGUGGCGCUGUUGCCUUCUGGAUCGUUCGUGGCUGUGACCCGGGGGCUGAUGGGAAAUGAAGUCCCCAACGUUCGAAGGAAAGCUCUGGAACUAUUCAACAACAAACUGCAGCAGAAGAACUGGGACCAGCACCAGUCCUCCCUGGGUCUCUCCUCGGACCUUCUGGCCUUGGUCUCCUCCUCGUCGGAGUCCUCCCUGAAUCGGCAGACGGCCCUCUUCUCUCUGAAGCUCCUGUGUCGGCUCUGUGGAGAGGCGAACCCUCAGGCCUUCAUUCCAGUGAUGACCGUCGCUAUGGGUGUCGUCAUGGCAACACACGAGGAGCGAAACGUCAAGGCAACGGCGCUACAGUGUGUCGCAGAGUGUGUGACGGCGCUAAAGGCGUUAGCCAUACCACAGCUACCAAGCCUGGUCCCUCUGGUCGUCUCGUCUCUGAAGGCCACACCUCUAACUUCCUCCUCUGAGCUCUAUGUUCUGAGCUGUGUCAUCGCUCUGCAGAAGAUCAUGGAGACUCUGGCCAGCUUCACCAGCCCCUACCUGCAGGACAUCACAGACCAGGUCUGUGGACUGUCGUCUCUCUGCACCGUGACUCCGCCCCUCGCCGCUCGGCUCGCCACUCUCAAAUCCACCAUUGCCACAAAGAUCCCGUCCCGAGUCCUGUUACCCACGGCAACCGUGGUAUACGAGAGACUGGUGCUGGACCGCCAGGGCCCGGUGGUGGCGCUCAUGAGCAUACUGCAGCAGCACAUUGGUCACAUGGACAGGGACCAGGUGUCUCUUCACCAAUCAGAACUCACCUCCUUCUUCCUGACGGCGCUGGACUUCAGAGCGACACACACUCAGGAGGAAGUGGAGCAGGUAGAGGGUGCUGUGGUGGACGCUCUGGUCAGUCUGGUCCUCAAGCUCUCAGAGGUUACCUUCAAACCACUGUUCUAUAAGCUGCUGGACUGGAGUCGCACUGCCCCCGGUGGCUCAGCAGAGCGUCUGCUCACGUUCCUCAGAGUCUGUAGUUCUCUUGCUCAAACGCUGAAAGGUCUCUUUGUGUUGUUUUCUGGCAACCUCCUCAAACUGAUCUCAGACCUGCUGCAGCCACAUGCACCUUCUCUCUUCAGCUCGCAGGAGCACCAGUGUCUGAUGAUGUCAUUGGUACUCGACGUUCUCCACAAGAUCUUCCUCUAUGACACCAGCAAGAGCGUGAGCGUCGACAGCAAAAGGGCGCUGCUGGAGCCCCUAGUGGACCAGCUGGAGAACCUCCAGGGGGCGCACCGCAGCAGUCUGAGGCAGAGUCUGAUUCUGUGUCUGGGACAGUUCUGUGUGAGUCUGAGCGACGACCAGGACUGGAAGAACCUGAACCAGAGAGUCCUGAUGAAGACCAGGAGCCAGGAGGAGCAGGUGCGACUGUCGGCUCUUGCUGCUGUUCUAGAGCUCUGCUCCAAACUCAGAGAGAACUACCUACUUCUGCUGCCAGAGACCAUCCCCUUCCUGUCCGAGCUGAUGGAGGAUGAGAGUGAGGAGGUGGAGAAGGAGGUGCAGCGUGUGGUCCAGGAGAUGGAGAACGUGUUGGGAGAACCUCUGCAGAACUACUUCUGA